CCGAAAAAUCGCGACUAAGAAGACGAAAACGGAAAACAAGUAGAAACGGUUAACAGUGGUAACAGAAACGGAGAGUUCUUGAUGGUGUCACUGAACCCUAACCCAGCUCAAGGGUUUUACUUCUUCGAUCCUUCCAAUAUGGGCCUUCCCGGUGUCAACUCUCUCCCUCCGCCGCCGCCACCUCCUUCUACCACCGCCGCUGCAGCCGAGGAUCCGAGUAAGAAGAUCCGGAAGCCAUAUACGAUUACCAAGUCCAGGGAGAGCUGGACCGAGCAGGAGCACGAUAAGUUUCUAGAAGCUCUUCAAUUAUUUGAUCGUGACUGGAAAAAGAUUGAAGCAUUCAUCGGUUCGAAAACAGUUAUCCAGAUACGAAGUCACGCGCAGAAGUAUUUUCUCAAAGUUCAGAAGAAUGGAACAAGUGAGCAUGUACCUCCUCCUCGGCCCAAGAGAAAAGCUGCUCACCCAUACCCUCAAAAAGCUCCCAAAAAUGCUCCUACAUCCCAAGCCACAGGGCCAUUGCAAUCUUCGUCUGCUUUUAUUGAACCUGCAUAUAUUUAUAGUUCAGAUUCAUCAUCUGUGCUUGGAACACCAGUUACUAGUGUGCCUUUAUCAUCUUGGAAUUAUAGGGCUAUACCAUCAUCUAGUGUGCCACCAGGGACAAGAGAUAUGGGAUUGACUGGAGCUGGGCAAGCUGUUCCUCUGAAUAGUUGUUAUAGUAGCAGCAAUGAGAGCACCCCUCCUGCUCGGCCAAGUAGCGAAGGGAUUAAUCAAUGCAACCAGCGGCAGCCAAUUAAAGUAAUGCCAGACUUCGCACAAGUAUACCGCUUCAUCGGCAGUGUAUUUGAUCCAGAUUCAACUAAUCACUUACAGAGACUAAAACAGAUGGAUCCAAUAAAUGUGGAGACGGCGUUGCUAUUGAUGAAGAACCUCUCCAUCAAUUUGAGGAGUCCUGAAUUUGAGGAUCAUAAGAGGCUGAUUUCAUCUUAUGAUGCUGACUCUGAGAAGCCGAAGUCUGUUAAAUCUGAGAGCGUUCUUCUGUCUGUGUAGGUUGCUGCCAGUAGUUUGUUCUGAAACACGGUUUCAAAUUAAAAGAGAAAAUGCAGUUGUAGAUGCUUUCAUGUGUACAUAACUCGUUUACGUACUUGUGGAUUGAGUUCUCGUUUGUUUUUAGGCAUGGUUACAUAGUAGAUAACUAGAUAUCCUUGUGUUUUGCGUAGACUUUGUAGUUUGUAGAUAUCUCAUGAAGAUGAUCGUUCUUAGAAUGCAGGACAAUGAGGGUCCUGUUCAGGUCACUUGGUGGAGGCUAUACUGUACAGACUGUUGAGUGCUUUUAUUUAUCAUGCUGUGAAGCUGCUUUCUAGAAUUAGGAUAAAAUAGCAGGUUUGUGUUGUAUAUAUACCAAUAAAACAGCGUAGACAAGUUUUACUCCGUUUCUACGCAUGUGUAUUAUGUGAUUUUAAUCAUGUCUUUGGUA